UUGGUCUGAAAGUCUCCAUCUUCAAUGAACACGCUCCCUCCUAACCUUUUAUUGUCAAACACGUAGAAAUAUUAUCAAAUUCAAGACAUUUACUCCUACCCGUAUAAUAAUAUUCCCACACAACACGAUAAUCAAUCAGAGGCGUUGUUCCUUCUGCUUACUGGUAUCCAUCUAGUCAUUCUCAAGGAGGAGAGUAAGAUUUCUGGUAGCUAAAUUAAGAUUAAAAAACGACAGAUGAAGCUUAUCUAAUUGCGAGGGAACUACAGUUUUGUUCCAAAAAUGGACCGGAUGAGUUGGCGGUGGAGGAGAAGGUCAUCGAAUAAGAGUCCCGGUGGUGAAACUGAAAGCUCGGGAUCACUAUCAUCGCAUUCAGAAAGAUUCUCCGACGAUCAGACACUGGCGAAUCAUAUCCCUCCAUCAACUGAAGUCACAUCGAAAGCUGCGCCCAAUGACGAAGAAUUUAACGAUACUGUGAAAACUCUAUCCGAGAAACUAUCAGAAGCACUUCUAAACAUUCACGCCAAGGAAGACUUGGUAAAACAGCAUGCUAAAGUUGCAGAGGAAGCUGUCAUGGGAUGGGAAAGGGCUGAAAAUGAAACGUUUGUUUUGAAGAAACAAAUUGAAGUCUUAAGACAGAAGAAUUCCGUACUUGAAGAACGUGUUGGACCACUUGAUAGAGCCCUUAAGGAGUCUUUACGACAGCUUCGACAACUAAAAGAAGAGCAAGAAGGGAAGAUUUAUGAAGCCGUUGCCAAGAAAACUUGUGAAUGGAAAUCAACACAGUCUGAACUCGAGAACCAGCUCGCCAGCCUCCAUUCUCAACUUCAAAAUUCCAACACAGAUGCCAUUAUGUCUAUGCUUGUCGAUUUUCGCUUUAAGCUCGAAGCUGCAGAGAAAGAGAACUCAAUCCUUAAACUCGAGCUCCUUUCCAAAGCUGAAGAAUUAAAGUUGAGCACUCAUGAGAGAGACCUGAGCAACCGUGCUGCUGAAACUGCUAGUAAACAACAUUUGGAAAGCAUAAAGAAAAUAUCUAGUCUAGAAGCAGAAUGUCGUAGGCUAAAGGCAGUGGCUCGUAGAGCAUCUUCAGUACAUGUUGAAUCUUCCACUGAUAGUCAGACUGACAGUGGGGAGAGGUCGCUGGCUAUUCAAAGCGAUUGCUGCAGAUCGGUUGAGGCAUGCCACACUAUCGGAAGAAGCCUCACUGGUCCUUCAGUCGAUCUUGAUCUUAUGGAUGAUUUUCUUGAGAUGGAAAGGCUUGCAGCUCUACCUGAAAUAGAAAGUGGAUGCAACCUUGAAACCGAGUCCAAGAAUGGGGAAAACCCUUUAAAAGCUGAUCUGGAAGCCAUGAUUAAUCGGACGGCUGAACUGGAAGUGCAUUUAGAGAAGAUGGAAGCAGAAAAAGUAAAUUUAGAGAUCGCUCUGAGCAAGUGUCAACGUCAGCUUAAGUUGUCACAAGAUCAACUAAAGGAAACGGGCGUGAAGCUGGAGGACCUGAGAACUCAGCUGGCUAUGGCAAAUGAAGCAAAGAGAGUAGCUCAGAUAGAGGUCGAGGAUACAAACAUAAAACUGAAAAAAUCAGAGAAGCUUUUAGAAGAAGCACAGUUUAAUCUGGUAGAAUUUCAAGAACAGUUAAUCAUUGCAAACGAAUCAAAACACAAGAUUGAAGUGGAACUUGAGGCUACUGAGGUAAAGAAAGCAGAAGCAGAGUCUCAACUCAAAGUAAUCGAACUUGAGUUGGAAACCUUGCAUUCAAGCAUUGGUACUUUAGAAGAAGAAAUUAAGAAAGAACGGAAUUUUUCUGGGGAAAUUGUUGUCAAGUGUCAGAAACUAGAAAAUGAGAUUUUAAGGAAGGAAUUGGAUUCUCAGAUUCAGAAAUCAGCAAUCAUUGACGAGUUCCGAAUCAAUCAGGACAACGAAUUGACAGUGGCUGCUACUAAAUUUGCAGAGUGCCAAAAGACAAUUGCAUCUCUUGGCCGACAGCUAAAAUCUCUUGCAGCAUUGGAGGAUUUCCUGAUGGUCGACCCAGAGGGGCAAGUUGAAAUCUUUUAAAAGAGUACCCUUCUCAAGAAGAAAAACUGAAGCUUCAGCUGUGAUUAACUGAUUAAGAAAGGUAUUUUGUACCUCAGCGGGAUAGAUGGGUCCCAAUUUUAAUAUCUUUGUCAUUAAUGUUUUGCAGUGUAUAAAAAUGGGUUUAUUAAUAUGUUCUUGGUUUCUCCCUUUUUGGAACAUGCACCAGCUGUCUGUUUCGAAACUAUCAUGUCGGGAGCCAAAUGCAGAAGAGUUUAAAGCUCGAUUGUAUUAUGAUA